AUGAUUACCUUCUCAAGCGACAGUGCAAACAUGCACAUUUUCUACCGCUUCUUCUUCCAAAAGCUCGACCCCCUCAUUAUGAUCUGGAGCGGCUACGUCAACCUCCGCAACGGGUCAUUCUCCUCCUCGCUCUUCUUCAACAGGUCGUCGACACAGUACCAAGAUGCCUUUGUCCUCGAGCAAAUGUUCGCCCUCAUGACCACAGUAGCUGUAAUGGCGGCCUUGCUGUUGCACUACACAGACGACAUCAAGGUGUGGCGCAUGAUUCAAGUGGUGCUCUUGAUUUGGAACUUUGCGUGCUUGAACGAUACGACGUUUGCAUUGCACUUGGCGGGGCCGUUUGAACGCGUUUCGAGAGGGGUUGAGUGUAUUUAUUGUGUUGAGCUGUGCACGGUUUUGAUUCUUCUUCGGCUUUGCUUUUUGAUGGGCGUUGGGAUCUGGAGGCCGCGGAUUAGAAAUGGGGUUCUAUAUCAGAGGUAG